AUGAGAUUCCAAAAUGGUAAAUAUAGUUCAGAACAUAGAAAUUCUAUACAAAAUGAUAAUAAAACUUUACCAUCACUUCCAUUGAAUAUAAAUGAAUCAAUACCAAGUGAAAAAUCAACUGAAGAAGAUUCAUCGUUGCCAAUAUUUAUUCAUCAGCAAUCUUUAACAGAUACAUUAUCAUCAAAUAUUCAUACAGGUAAUACUUGA